UCUGACGCUUCGCUCAAUUUCCGACAGCGUAGCUCUCGCUGCUACCCGUGUGGGCUUCAAAGGUUCGAGUCCCACUACGGGAAUGAGCCUUUUUGACCUCUUUCGGGGCUUUUUCGGCUUUUCUGGACCUCGGAGCCACAGAGAUCCCUUUUUUGGAGGAAUGACUCGCGAUGAAGACGAAGAUGAUGAGGAAGAGGAAGAGGAAGGAGUCACGUGGGGCCGUGGGAACUCGAGGUUUGAGGGUUCCCAGCCCCCUGAGGAAUUUAGCUUUGGCUUCAGCUUCAGCCCAGGAGGAGGAAUGCGUUUCCACGAUAACUUCGGCUUUGAUGACCUAGUACGGGAUUUCAACAACAUCUUCAGCGAGAUGGGGGCCUGGACCUUGCCUUCCCGCCCUCCUGAACUUCCAGGUCCUGAGUCAGAGACACCUGGUGAGAGACGGCAGGAAGGACAGACGCUUCGGGACUCAAUGCUUAAGUAUCCAGAUAGUCACCAGCCCAAGAUCUUUGGUGGGGGCUUGGAGAGUGAUGCAAGAUCUGAAUCCCCCAAACCAGCACCAGACUGGGGCCCCCAGAGACCUUUUCAUAGGUUCGAUGAUACGUGGUCUGUGACCCCCCACUCUAGAGCCAGAGAAGACAAUGAUCUUGAUUCCCAGGUUUCUCAGGAGGGUCUUGGCCCAGUUCUGCAGCCCCAACCCAAAUCCUAUUUCAAGAGUGUCUCUGUGACCAAGAUCACUAAACCAGAUGGGACUAUAGAGGAGCGCCGGACUGUGGUGGACAGUGAGGGCCGGAAAGAGACCACAGUAACCCAUCAAGAGGCAGGCGGCAGUCCUAGAGAUGGUCCAGAAUCACCAACACCUCCAUCCUUGGAUGAUUCCUUUUCCAUCCUGGAUUUGUUCCUAGGACGUUGGUUCCGGUCCCGGUAGCCUUGCUAAUUAAUCACAGAGGCCUUUAGAUUCUUUCCACCUCCCACCCUUUGCUUGGUAUUAAUGGGCUUAGUUGUCUUCCUGCCACCUCAGGACCUUGGGUGUGUGGAACAGUGAAUUGAAGGUCUGUCAGUGUGUCAGUCACCCAAACUGACCAAUAAAACCUUUAUUUAUGCUAA